UCAUAUAAUGACAAAAAUUGCAAAUGCUAUCCCGCUAUAAAAUCGAUUAUUUUCUUUAAAAAAUACAGCUACAAAAAACGUGGAAAUCUCUAAGGACAAUAGCGUAUAUUCUUGUACACAUUGGAAUGUAUAUUAGAAGUUCCAUCUUUUGAAAAUACACCUAUAAGUAUAUUGAAAAAAUUAAUAUUCAACAUUUUUGUUAUGGACAUCAAGUAAUUAAAAAUUGUUACUAUUGAACAAUGACAACAAGAGUUAAAGAAUGAAAUGUGAAAUUUGUGUGAUAUUUGUAAUUGUAUGGAACGUGUACUUUAAAUAAAAAAAAUGGAGCAUUUUACACGAAUAAGAACGUUCGAAGUCCCCUAAAAUUGCAGUUUCGAGAGGGAAGAAGAAAAUUCGCAUGGAAAAGCGAAUUUCUUUUGAAUUAAUUAUUUGUGAUUUUCCGUCUAUACAUAUAUAAAUAACAGCAUUUUUGUUUCGUUCCGAAGAGAACGAAAUGAUUAGUGGUACGAACUUUGCUUUUCCGUAGGUACGUAUCUGAACGAGAAUCUCUGAAGCAUUUUAUUGCGAACGAGACGUUUUUUUUUUUUCAGAUAACAAAAAACCCACGACCUCUCGUCGCAAUAAGAUCAAGGACAUGAGAAUGAGAUACGCCAAGUUUCCGUGUCCUAAUCCGAAUUGCCAGAGUAGCUUCGGGUUGAAAAGCAACCUGGGAACCCACAUUCGUUACCACUGCGGCCAGAAGCCGAGGUUCAAGUGUCCCUACUGCGACUACAUAUGCAAGUUCAAGGCCGACGUAAAGAAACACAUUCAAGCCAGGCAUCAGAACUGCUAUGUCUAUGUCAUCGAUAUUGAGCGGAAUGUUGUUUGUUAGAGUACAAAGAAAUGUGUAUUAUUUCUUAAGUUAACAAGAUAUCGUUUUUUUGUAACAAUGACGUUAAUAUAUGUUCUUUUUGCAACCUUAUAUUAAAAUCUUAAUGUGUACUUGCCAUAUUUUAUGUUCAAAUAUCUACUGUAUGACAAUGAUUGUUAUUAUUUUAAUUUUUUCAUAUUUGCAUAAAUUGCAAAUGCUAUCUACCUAUAAAAUUAAUUUUUUUUAAUAUAGUUAUUCUGAUUUUUGCUAAAAUGCGAGUAAAUCUUUACGGAUAUUAAUGUAUAUUUUUGUACACAUUGGA